AUGCCGACUACGACGACUACUACUACUACUAUUAGUAGGGUGCUUCCAUUGCCAAUACCAUCAUCAUCAUCAUCAUCAUCAUCAUCAUCCAACGCUACCAAGCCAGGGGAUUCAGACUCAACUAAACCCUAUCCUUCACCGGCCGCUGAAUAUGAAGAAGUCGUUCACAAUGCAGAGAUGUUCAUGCAAACACUACAGGAUCUUCAUAGAUUUAUGGGCACCAAAUUUAUGGUGCCUACUAUGGGAGGAAAGGCUCUGGAUCUACACCGCCUUUUUGUUGAGGUAACAUCUCGUGGUGGUCUUGAAAAGGUUAUUAGGGAUCGGAAAUGGAGGGAUGUGAUUGCUGUAUUCAGUUUCCCAGCAACAAUUACCAAUGCUUCAUUUGUCUUGCGGAAGUACUAUAUUUCCUUGCUUCAUCACUACGAGCAAGUGUAUUACUUCCAUCGACAUGGUCCAUCGACCUCAAUGGCUGUUUCUGUGGCUAAGAGCCCUGCCUGUUUGCCAGCAACCUUAGAGGUUCAAGCUAAUGUCCCACCUUCUCAUGAAAAUGGAAUCACUGUAAAUCAAUCAGCAGGAAGUCCUCAACUUCACGUUGGCUGUCCAGUUUCUGGAAUAAUUGAUGGAAAAUUUGAUAAUGGAUAUCUAGUGACUGUUAGUUUUGGUUCUGAUAAGUUGAGAGGAGUUCUCUAUCACGUCCCUGAUGAGUUACAGGUGCCAGGGAGUUCUAUUACUUCUACUGUGAAUGGUCGUCAGAACCGGAAAAGAUCCCAGAUGGCAUUGAAGGAUCCUUCUCGCCCUAAGACAAACAGGAGUGGUUACAAUUUCUUUUUUGCUGAGCAUUAUGCCAGACUGAAACCAUCACAUCUGGGGGAAGAGAAAGUCAUCAGUAAGAAAAUUGGGCACCUAUGGAGCAAACUCACUGAGGAUGAAAAACAGAGUGUUAAUGUGAUGUGGAGUUUCACACAAGAAGGGCGUGCUGAGGUGCCUUCCAUGACUAGCGCAGGAAAUAUUCUUCAAUGUUUAUCAGGAGAAAGGACUGAAGGACAAGGAGAGAUACCAGAGUGAAAUGUUCGAGUACAGAAAAUUAUCCAGAGCUUCAACCCUUCAAUAGGUUAUGGAAAUUGAUGAUCAGAGAGA